CCUCCCCAGGUUUCCUUCUGUUUCAUAGUCAAUCAGAACAAUGUUCUACGCACAUUUUGUCCUCAGUAAAAGAGGGCCUCUGGCCAAAAUUUGGCUGGCAGCCCAUUGGGAUAAGAAGCUAACCAAAGCCCAUGUGUUUGAAUGUAAUUUAGAGAGCAGUGUGGAGAGUAUCAUUUCACCAAAGGUGAAGAUGGCACUCCGAACAUCAGGACAUCUCUUACUGGGAGUAGUUCGAAUCUAUCACAGGAAAGCCAAAUAUCUCCUUGCAGACUGUAAUGAAGCAUUCAUCAAGAUAAAGAUGGCUUUUCGGCCAGGUGUUGUUGAUCUGCCUGAGGAAAAUCGGGAGGCAGCAUAUAAUGCCAUUACUUUACCUGAAGAGUUUCAUGACUUCGAUCAGCCACUGCCCGACUUAGAUGACAUCGAUGUGGCCCAGCAGUUCAGCCUGAAUCAGAGUAGAGUGGAAGAGAUCACCAUGAGAGAAGAAGUUGGGAACAUCAGUAUCUUACAAGAAAAUGAUUUUGGUGACUUUGGAAUGGAUGAUCGUGAGAUCAUGAGAGAAGGCAGUGCUUUCGAGGAUGAUGACAUGUUAGUGAGCACUAGCGCUUCUAACCUCCUGCUAGAGCCUGAGCAGAGCACCAGCAAUCUGAACGAGAAGAUUAACCAUUUAGAAUAUGAAGACCAAUAUAAGGAUGACAAUUUUGGAGAAGGAAAUGAUGGUGGUAUAUUAGAUGACAAACUUAUUAGUAAUAAUGAUGGCGGUAUCUUUGAUGAUCCCCCUGCCCUCUCUGAGGCAGGGGUGAUGUUGCCAGAGCAGCCCGCACAUGAUGACAUGGACGAGGACGAUAACGUGUCAAUGGGUGGGCCUGAUAGUCCUGAUUCAGUGGAUCCCGUUGAACCAAUGCCAACUAUGACUGAUCAAACAACACUUGUUCCGAAUGAGGAAGAAGCAUUUGCUUUGGAACCUAUUGAUAUAACUGUCAAAGAAACAAAAGCCAAGAGGAAGAGGAAGCUAAUUGUUGAUAGUGUUAAAGAGUUGGAUAGCAAGACGAUUAGAGCCCAACUUAGUGAUUAUUCUGAUAUUGUUACUACUUUGGAUCUGGCACCACCCACCAAGAAAUUGAUGAUGUGGAAAGAGACGGGAGGAGUGGAAAAACUUUUCUCUUUACCUGCUCAGCCUUUAUGGAAUAACAGACUACUGAAGCUUUUCACACGCUGUCUUACACCACUCGUACCAGAAGACCUUAGGAAAAGGAGGAAAGGAGGAGAGGCAGAUAAUUUGGAUGAGUUCCUCAAAGAAUUCGAAAAUCCAGAGGUUCCUAGAGAGGAACAGCAACCGCAGCAGCAGCAGCAGCAGCGUGAUGUUAUCGAUGAGCCCAUUUUGGAAGAACCAAGCCGCCUUCAGGAGUCAGUGAUGGAGGCCAGCAGAACGAACUUGGAUGAGUCAGCCAUGCCCCCACCACCACCUCAAGGGGUUAAGCGAAAAGCUGGACAGAUUGACCCAGAGCCUGUAAUGCCUCCUCAGCAGGUAGAGCAGAUGGAAAUACCACCUGUAGAGCUUCCCCCAGAAGAGCCUCCAAAUAUCUGUCAGCUAAUACCAGAGUUAGAACUUCUGCCAGAAAAGGAGAAGGAGAAAGAGAAGGAGAAAGAAGAAGAUGAAGAGGAGGAGGAUGAAGAUGCUUCAGGGGGUGAUCAAGAUCAAGAAGAAAGAAGAUGGAACAAAAGGACCCAGCAGAUGCUUCAUGGUCUUCAGAGAGCUCUUGCCAAAACUGGAGCUGAAUCUAUCAGUUUGCUUGAGUUAUGUCGAAACACAAACCGAAAGCAGGCUGCAGCAAAGUUCUACAGCUUCUUGGUUCUUAAAAAGCAGCAAGCUAUUGAGCUGACCCAGGAAGAGCCAUACAGUGACAUCAUUGCAACACCUGGACCAAGGUUCCAUAUUAUUUGAGGAGCUAGAAACAUUUAUAGCUAGUGUUCAUUUCACUAGUACAUACAAAUUGCCCCCAUGUGUAGGGCACGCAAAACCCUUUGAGAAAAAUUAGAUUUUUGUCUGUACAAAGUCUGCUUUUUCUUCAUUUUUCUCCAGUAUUUUAAAUUUAUCGAUUUCAUCUUUAAGGGAAACUGCUUAUAUGGGUUAUGUUUGUGUUCUGAUGGAGAAAACAGCAUCCCAAGGACCCAGAAGAUUAUUUUUACAGUUCAGGACAGAUGUGUGCAAUAUUGGUACAUGUAAUUAUGUUGAAUAGCAAUCAGAAAUCACGAUUUUUAUCUAGUUCUCCAUUACUGCAUCAAAAAGGAAAACCUGUCUAGGAAAAUGCCUGACAGUUUUAAUUAAGAACUAUAGUGUGAGUCCUUGACAGGGGAAAAAAAGUCUUCCCAUCAGUAACACUGGCAAUCUUACUGUUAUUCACUGUACCUGGGCCUAAGGUCCCUUGAGAUAGGGUUUAAAGUCCAGUUCCACAGUGAGCAAGGGUAUAUGAAAUUGUAUCGUGACUGGUCCCCUUCAGCUACAAAAAGAUAGAACUAACUUGGUUCAAAGUGUUCUGUUAUACUUUGUAAAUUGUUGCAUUCCAGUCAUUAUGAACUUCGCUAUCCUGAAGUCUGUUGUUUUAGUGGUGCUCCAAAAUGAGCAGGAAUAGAUUUAUUAGAGUAAAAUGGCUAUAAAAAAUGUUGAUGACUUUUCAGGAGCUAUAUAAUCAGAGUUUUUAAAAUAUGUUUGGAUAUAUCCGUUUGAGUGUUCAGAUCAUGAAAAUAGAAAUUGCCCUGCCUACUAAAAAGGACAAAAUGAUGGGAAAUUAAACACCUGAUUGACUUAACCUUUAAGCAGACAAUGCUGUAAAAACUAAUGGCUUCUCUGAUAUUUAUUAUAAAUUUUAGUACUGACCUCUUUUCUCCAAUGCUGCACACUCCUGUGUUUGGAACUUUAAUAGCUUCGCGACUGAACUCCUAUAUCCGGUUUCCUCUAUUUAAGUGAAGAAAAACACAUUCAAGUAAAGGCUUUAUUAUUAACAGACCAGAUAGCACCAGAAAUUAUGUGACUAUUGUGAUUAUCAAAACAUGUCUUAACUUUUUGGGCAAAAUUACACUGAAAGUUCUAGCUUAAGUGUUGGCACUUUUGUGGGAAAAAAAUCACUUUUGUAACUCAGACUUCAGUGUAUACUCAGUAAUUUUAAAUUAUGUGAAAUGUUUUAAAUUUGUGAACUCGUAAUUACUGUUUUAAUGAUUCAGUUUCUUGAGAAUGGUAAUUGUAUAAAAUUGCUAUUGCAGCUUUAUUUUCAAUAUGAUGUGCCUGUAAACCAUGGAAUCCCCCCUUUGUAAAAAGACAUUGUAGAUAAUUGAAUGUUUGAUUAUAGAAAGGUCAUUAGUUUCUUGUUACACAUUUUGUUAGUCUGGUUUUUGUUGCUUAUCGGGUUUAAUAUUGUUCUUGAAAAUAGUUGAUGCUAUGUUAUGUAUAACUUUUCUAAUAAAAGUUGUGUUAUAAGCUGUAAA